AGAAAAAAAAAAGAACUUUGAAGGAAAUAAACUUUAAUCGCCGCUUAACUGGUCUCUUCCACGUGAAUGUCUAACAAAUCACAGUAUCCAACGUAUCAGCCGAUACCCACAACCACAGUCACCAUGGACAAUCCGGCCAUGACCCGUAGUACCAGCAGUGCUGACGAUGGCGACCAGACCGGUGCUGGUGCCCUACCCUCCACAUAUUCAUCACAACAGCUAAUGCCGCCGUCCGAUAGUGACAGUGUCGAUGACACAGAAAGGCAGAGACAGCGGCAAAAUAGUGCCACCAUUGAUUGUGCUCCUGGUGCCCGCCGCUGUGUUACCCGUAGCCAAUGGUUUACAGUGGGUGUACUAUGUUUUGUAAAUUUAAUCAAUUAUAUGGAUCGUUUUACAAUAGCAGGUGUCCUGGAGGAUAUACAAAAAGAUUUUCAAAUGCCUGACGAUGAUGCAGGCCUGUUACAAACUGUUUUUGUGCUAUCCUAUAUGGUGUGUGCGCCAAUAUUUGGUUAUUUGGGUGAUCGAUAUUCGAGACGUUGGAUAAUGGCUAUUGGCGUUCUAUUAUGGUCCACAACAACGCUGCUGGGCUCAUUUAUGACAGGUUCCGGCUGGUUUAUGACAUUCCGUGCCUUGGUGGGCAUUGGCGAGGCAUCUUACAGUACCAUAGCCCCGACAAUAAUAUCAGAUCUAUUUGUACAUGAUUUACGUUCGAAAAUGCUGGCCGUUUUUUAUUUUGCCAUACCAGUUGGUUCUGGUUUUGGUUACAUUGUUGGAUCUGAAACAGCUCACUUGGCUGGAAAUUGGCGCUGGGCGCUACGUGUCACACCCAUAUUGGGUAUUGCUGCUGUCGCUUUAAUUUUGCUCAUUAAAGAUCCUGAACGUGGUGAAAGUGAGGGUUCUCACAAUCUCUCAACAACCACAUAUACUGAAGACAUCAAAUAUUUGGUUAAGAAUCGUUCAUUUAUGCUGUCCACCGCUGGUUUCACAUGUGUUGCCUUUGUGGCCGGAGCUCUGGCUUGGUGGGGACCAAAAUUCAUUUAUCUUGGCUUGAAAAUGCAGCCUGGCAAUGAAAAUCUAAUUCAGAAUGACGUAUCUUUCAAAUUUGGUGCCAUAACAAUGAUUGCCGGAAUUAUAGGUGUACCUUUAGGUUCAUUUUUGUCCACCAAAUUGGCUAAAAGUUUCCCCACUGCCGAUCCCUUGAUCUGCGCCUUUGGAUUAAUAUUGAGUGUGCCCCUAAUGACGGGAGCCAUGAUAAUUGUCUCUGACAAUACUGUUGCUACAUAUAUUCUAAUAUUUUUCGGCCAACUGUCAUUGAAUAUGAAUUGGGCAAUUGUUGCUGAUAUUUUGCUGUAUGUCGUUGUUCCAACACGCAGAUCAACAGCUGAAGCAUUCCAAAUAUUGAUAUCACAUGCUUUAGGUGAUGCCGGUAGUCCCUACCUAGUUGGAGUGGUAAGUAGUUAUUAUAUAUAUAAGUAUUGUAUAGUUUCAAGCGACACCGAUCUAACCAAAUUUGAAGCUCUACAGUAUGCAUUAUUCUCAACCUGCUUCGUGGAAGUGUUGGGUGGUAUAUUCUUUUUAAUAACGGCUGCCUUUAUUAUUAGUGAUAAACGUAAAGCUAGUCAAGCUAUUCGUGAUGGCCAUCAAGCUGUGCCAAAUCAUGCCCCUGUCGAUAUUGAUGAAAUUUCAUAAAUUUUAUCUCAAGCGCGCAAUGCUGCAACAACCAAAAUUAAAACCAUUUUUUAUGAGUUUUGUCAUUUUCAAUCAUACUGCCAUUGAAGUCAUUACAAAAGUAUGUUUGAAUUGAUGCUGCUACAGACUGAUGAACAUAGAAUACAAAAACAAUCAUUACUACUCUUCAUUAUAAGUUAAGUUUUAAUUUAGCCUGCAACGU